UUGUACUUUCCCUCCGCCAACAGCAUCCGGCUGUGUUCUGUCCUCUCCCUCCCAAUCUCCCCCGCAUCCCUUUACAUUCGUUUCUGAAACUCAACCAACCCAGUCGCAGAAAUCAUGUCUUUGAAAGAUGUGUAUAGCGGGUUCCUGACCAACCCGAAGUCGGCUCCGUUGGCCACCGAUGCGUCCCUCGUUUACAUCACGACCACUACCAAGGUAGACGGUGACGCUGCGAUUGUCAGCCAUUUCAGCAAACAGCAGCGCCUCGUCAAGACCAAGUCGGAGACCAUUCUGGACGCCUUCGAAAGCACCAACUCUCUCUGCUUGGAUAUUGAAACUACCCUGGAAUUUGUGUCUGGCGGGGGGGCGUACCUUCCUCAGCUUGACGACAAUUUCCUGGCCGAUCAUGUCGCUACCUUUCCGACGGUCCACAUUGUUCGCUUCAAUGCUCAUCAGCAAAUCCAGAAUGUCCGUAUCUACUGGGACCAAGCUUCGUUACUGAAACAAGUCGAAGUGAUCGGUUCGCGUGCUCGCGGUUGGCCCAUUCGUGAUGCCAAAGACCAGUUUCGCCUUCUCAAAUCUGCCAUCUCCUCGAGUCCCAGCGAUCACGGACCGGGGUCAACUUCUGCGCCUGCCCCACCUGCCUCCACAGAGGAGAAAGCGCGUGUUCCGGAGCGCCAGAUCGCCUCUCCAGGGAAAAAGUACAUCAAGGACCCCCAUGCCGCGGACUCCUUGUUCGAACUUCUUUCGCCAGGCAAGGACAGCAAGGACCGAGGAGAACCUGUGCGUGCCCCGCGUGCUCCUGCGUCUGCCCAGCCUCCAGCGCGCGACUACGGCGAGCUCUUCCUCAGUACCGAAGGUGACUUCGACAACGAUACUCCCGACGCGUCGCCAUCCAGAAAGCGUAUCCCCCCUAAGGCCGGUACCAAGAACUUGCAACCCUCGCGCAUCUUUGAUCAUGAUGAGACCGCCACCAAAGAAGGACUCCAGCAGAUUGCGUACAAGGCUCACCCCAAACGUUACGACCACUUUGAGCUUGGCGGGGAUAACAGCACUCGGGAGGUCCAUGAGAAGCCUGGGCGCCCUGUGUCUCGUCAGGCCCCUCACUGGGACUUUGAAGACUUUGUCACCCCCGAAAAGCCCAAGCGUCAACUUCGAGGAGAGGAAAUCCGUCACUUUGGUUGGGGCGAUGAUGAGCAGGAACCUACAUCCGUCCCAGUUCGAUCACGGGCGCAGCACUCCCGUCCUGAUGCCGAAACUCAUUUUUCGGUGACCGAGACUCCCGAAGAAAGACCAGGCGGCCGCAUUAUCAGCUCAUUCCAGAACAAAGGCUUGGGCCUUUACAAGAACCACCUUUUCGACAACAAGGAAGACGAUGAAUUCUCUCAGAACGCAAACGCGCCCCUCUCUAGAGUCAACAACAAUGGCGCCAACCGUAAGAAGGAGCUUGAGACCCACUGGGAUAUGGCCGACGAGUCGCCUCGUGAUAGCAAGCGCAACGCGGAAAACAGAAAGCCUAUUCCCGGAGACCGUCAAAAGGCAGUUAAGGCGCUGGAGCCAUCCUGGGAUACCUAUGACCAGUCACCUGAACCCACGAAGAUGGCGCCCCCUCAGCGGCAGAGCGUAAGAAACCACAACCAGCGGAGUUGGAACUUCGGUGCUGAAAAUUGAUCGCUGCAUCGCUAAGCUACGUUGCGCGGUGCUUCAUUGCUCAGUCCAUGCAUAUACCCAUUCCAGAACAAGACCUUUCGCCAAGUCUUGAGUAUACCUAGAGAGUAAGCCAAGCGAAUCCGGAGCAAACCAGGGGCCAACAUCCACGAACGGAAGAAGAAAACAACUGAAAGUCUGUAGCUAUCGAUAGGAGGAACUCUUAUCUUUGCAUGCCGAAUCUUUGUCUAGUAUUUGUGACAGCGUUUCCCUGCAUUUGAUAUGGGGCCAACUACUAUCCUGAUUCGAUGUGAGGCAGAAUGCAAAUACAAUC